AUGCAGAAGAGCCCAGAAAACAACCUCCUCCCUCCAGAUAUGCAGUGCCAGCAAUUCAGGCACUUCCGCUACGAGGAAGCUGAGGGCCCUCGAGUGGUUUGCAGCCGACUCCACCGACUUUGUCUCCAGUGGCUGAAGCCAGAAAGGCACAAGAAGAAGGAGAUGCUGGACUUGGUGGUCCUGGAACAGUUCCUGGCCAUCCUGCCCCUGGAAAUGGGGAACUGGGUCAGGGAAUGUGGGCCAGAGACCAGUUGCCAGGCGGUGGCCUUGGCAGAAGGCUUCCUCUUGAGCCAGGCAGAGGACAAGAAUCGGGACCAGCAGGUGCAGGAGAAGAUCGCGCAGGAGCGUUACCACAGAGAAGCUUUCCCAGAUGUUGCCGUAAGACCAACGAUGGAUUCUUUGCCGUCUCUUUCUGGCAGAGAGAAAGCAGCUUUCUUUUAUCCUUAUCAGGAUCUGGUGACCUUAGAGGAGGUGUCUGUUCAUUUCACCGAGGAGGAGUGGGCUCUGCUGGAUCCGGACCAAAGAAGGCUUCACAAGGAGGUCAUGGAGGACAAUUGUCAUAAUGUGGCCUCUCUGGAGGCUGAUUAUCCACAGAAGAAAUCUGAGGAAGAACCAGAACACCUUCUGUUCGACAUAAAAGAGAAGAAAAGCACUGGAACAAACCAGAAGAGGGGGAAUGAACGAUAUAAAUGCUUGGAGUGUAAAAAGAGCUUUGCUCAGAGUUCAGACCUUACUAAACAUCAACGUAUCCACACAGGGGAGAAACCAUAUAAAUGCUUGCAGUGUGGAAAGAGCUUUGCUAUCAAGGGACAACUUACUGUCCAUCAACGUAUCCACGUGGGAGAGAAACCAUAUAAAUGCUUGGAAUGUGGAAAGAGCUUUGCUACCAAGGGACAACUUGCUGUCGAUCAACGUAUCCACAUGGGAGAGAAACCAUAUAAAUGCUUGCAGUGUGGAAAGAACUUUGCCACCAAGAUACAACUUAAUGUCCAUCAACGUAUCCACACAGGGGAGAAACCAUAUAAAUGCUUGCAGUGUGCAAAGAGCUUUGCUACCAAGAUACAACUUACUGUCCAUCAGCGUAUCCAUAUGGACGAGAAACCAUAUAAAUGCUUGGAGUGUGGAAAGAGCUUUGUUCAGAGUUCAGACCUUACUAAACAUCAACGUAUCCACACAGGGGAGAAACCAUAUAAAUGCUUGCAGUGUGGAAAGAGCUUUGCUACCAAGAUAGAACUUACUGUCCAUCAACGAAUCCACACUGGGGAGAAACCAUAUAGAUGCUUGCAGUGUGGAAAGAGCUUUACUACCAAGGGACAACUUACAGUCCAUCAACGUAUCCACAUGGGGGAGAAACCAUAUAAAUGCUUGCAGUGUCGAAAGAGCUUUGCUACCAAGUUACAACUUAAUGUCCAUCAACUUAUCCACAUGGGGGAGAAACCAUAUAAAUGCUUGCAGUGUGGAAAGAGCUUUACUACCAAGGGACAACUUACUGUCCAUCAACGUAUUCACACAGGGGAGAAACCAUAUAAAUGCUUGGAUUGUGGAAAGACAUUUGCUCAGAGCGGUAACCUAGCUAAUCAUCGAAGAAGCCACACUGGGGAGAAACCAUAUAAAUGCUUGGUUUGUGGAAAGAGUUUUGCUCAGAAGAAACAGCUUACUUGCCAUCAACGUAUCCACACGGGGGAGAAACCAUAUAAAUGCUUGGAUUGUGGAAAGAGCUUUAAACAAAGUUCAGACCUUACUAAACAUCAGCGUAUCCACACUGGGGAGAAACCAUAUAAAUGUUUGGAGUGUGGAAAGUGUUUUGCUCGGGGUUCAAACCUUACUUACCAUCAACGUAUCCACACUGGGGAGAAACCUUAUAAAUGCUUGGAUUGUGGAAAGAGCUUUGCUUGCAGUGUAAAUCUUAGGACCCACCAACGUAUCCACACAGGGGAUAAACCAUAUAAAUGCUGGGAUUGUGGAAAGAAGUGUGGAAAGAGCUUUGCUAUCAAGACACAACUUACUGUCCAUCAACGUACCCACUCUGGGAAGAAACCAUAUAAAUGCCUGGAUUGUGGAAAGAGCUUUGUUCAGAGUUCUGACCUUACUAAACAUCAACGUAUCCACACUGGGGAGAAACCAUAUAAAUGCUUGGAUUGUGGAAAGAGCUUUGCUCAGAAAACACAGCUUACUUACCAUCAACAUAUGCAUGCAGGGGAGAAACCAUAUAAAUGCAUGGAUUGCGGAAAGAGCUUUGCUAGGGGAGGUUUGCAGCAGGACUAG